AUGUUUGACCAGAUGCACCUCUCGCAAGAAGUCAGCGCAGACUUCCAACGCAGUCUUGUUGGGCGGGAAAUGGAGGACGCCAGCCCCCUCGCUCUCUUCCAAGCAAGGGUCAUCGUACUCGUGAGCUUGCUUCUCGAAGAUGGCGAGGCAUUUAUGGAAUACCUGGCACAAAGCAGACAAGAGGAGACAGAGGUCAAAGCUCAGCUGCAGCGAGUGACGGACGAAUUCAAACAUAGACUCAGUAGAAGCACCCAGGAUAACCUCCUUCUACGGGACCAUCUUCAACAGAGUGACGAAGAAGAGCACGGCUCGGACGCGAGAUUAGGUCCAAAGUCGCAGUCUUAG